AUGCGACCGCUCGUAGCUCUUAGAAUGUUAUCGGGAAAGCGCGGGAAAAGCGACUAUCAGCCGUUCAGGCGGUACUCGGCGCCGGCUGGCUCAGUAGGCCCUCGCCUUCCGACCAGGAUGGACGUACGCGCGCUCCGUAUAACUCUCGCUGUGAUCGCGAUCUCAAUCGCGCGCGCCCACAUACAGCCGUCCUCACACGAUAACAUACUGAGGAUACAACUGUGGGACGGCGAAGGUAUGAGCAAGGAAGUCAGGUCGACCACCCAAACACCGAUCAAACAUCACAAACUUAAAGUUAAUUUGGACACAUUAUUCGACGCGAUGAUGAGCGAUGAGGAUCCAAGUGCUGAAAGAUUUGCGAGGCAUAGAGUCAGGCACAAAAGGCGCCGGCCGCGUCAGAGCGGUACAGACUUACCAUGGAGGUUUCAUUCAGGCUCAGGUUUGAGGAAUGUAGCUGUUUACGACGACGACGUGCCCUGGGACUUGAUCGAGGGAAGGAACUCAGGGAGUGUGAAUGCGAGUGCUGUGAGUGAUUCGAGUGUCAACGUGGAUGUGAGGGAAGUGUCCCCGCCGAUGACGCUGAGGCAGGACGAGGACGAGGAAGUUAAGAAGCAACUGCCGGUUGUACCAAAAUGUUGUUCCAGCGGACAGAAUUUAACAGUUACUUAUGAAAAUGGCAAAGUAAAAUCUGUUUGUACUCGUUCUACACUAACUUUUCAACCAAUUUUCCACAAGGCGAACGAAACGCACAUUUGGAAUUACGACAGCAAUGUUUUCGAGACAAUUGUUGGCAACCCCUGCACUUACGAUAGGUAUAAAUUGGAACCAGAUAAAGUCAGUGAAGAUGAAUUUUAUCUGUUAUUUAAUGGAUCCCUAUUCGUACCGUACAGUCAACCACCUUUGCUUGGUACUCGAGAUUUUUGUAUGGAAACCUUUUGGAAUGAGUCAAAUCCAGCAGGAAUUACUCUUCCUUUAAUAUGUUUUCGAACACCCAUUGAGGAAGCGAGUACAUCAGCUACUCUUGUUGCUUAUGCUAUAGGUUUGAUAAUAUCAGUGCCGUUUCUCAUAGCGACAGCUGGUAUUUAUAUACUUAUCACGGAAUUGAGGGAUACUCACGGGAAGGCAUUAGCCUGUCACUCUAUUUGCCUUGCUGUAGCUUUUAGUUGCUUGGCCGCUACUCAAUUGGCCGGUCAUGCAUUUCCAGUUACAGCUUGUACAAUAAUGGCAUAUCUCAUACAGUUUUCUUUCGUGUCUUGUUUCUUUUGGCUCAAUGUUAUGUGUUUCGAUACAUAUUUGAACGUAAGACGAUACAUCCAUUCUUCAGUAAGUAGAAGAAGUAUGAGACGAAGAUUUGCAUGGUACUGUGCAUAUGCAAUUCUUCUACCGGUUAUAUUGCUUGUGGUGACAAUAGCGAUGGAUUUGUCACCGGCAGUACCCAGUACCUAUUUGAAGCCUAAUUUCGGAGUUAAAGGAUGCUGGUUCAAAACGGAUCAAGCGGCUUUGCCUUAUUUCUAUGGACCUGUGGCUGUCAUUCUUUUAAGCAACCUUGUAAUAUUUUUAUUCACAUCCAGAGCUUUUGCUAAGCAUUACGAUAAGCUGAAAGAUCUAAGCCCACUAGAUAUAGCACAUUCAGACUUCAGUACAUCAGACGACUGGGUGAGACUCAGUACUGUAUUGGGUCAGCCAUUAUCCGUUCAGGAGAGAUCAGCUUCUCCUCCACGAGAACAACAACCGAUACAAAUGAAUUUCUCGCAAAGGCUAAAGAAAUAUAAGAAAAUUUUCCGUACUUGCUGCUUGCUGUCCGUCAUAAUGGGUCUCUCUUGGGUACUGGAAGUGGUGUCAUGGGCGGCCGGCGCCGGAUCUGAUGCUGUCUCUGUUUGGUCAAUCUUCGAUUUGAUCAACGCGUUGCAAGGCGUCGUUAUUUUCGCAAUCUUUGUUUUACAACAACCUGUUCGCUCAUUUGUUAAGUUUUCGAAAUUGUGCAAAGCGUGCAGACGGAAAAGGGACGGGUCAGAGGUGUCUGUGGUAAGUGAUCGAAGUAGCAUCGACAACGGCGGCCGAAGAGAUUUCGUGUAG